CAGAGGGAGGGCGCACCGGCAGCAGGUGGGCGGGGUACGGGCCGGCGGCGGCGGGCUGGGGGCUACCAGGCUGCGCUCAGGCUGAGCGCUGCCGGCCGUGCGUCGCGCCAUGGACUUCAACAUGAAGAAGCUGGCGUCGGACGCGGGCAUCUUCUUCACCCGGGCGGUGCAGUUCACAGAGGAGAAAUUCGGCCAAGCUGAGAGGACUGAGCUGGAUGCACACUUUGAAAACCUUCUUGCCCGGGCAGACAGCACCAAGAACUGGACGGAGAAAAUCCUACGGCAGACAGAGGUGCUGCUGCAACCCAACCCCAGUGCCCGCGUGGAGGAGUUCCUGUAUGAGAAGCUGGACAGGAAGGUGCCCUCGCGGGUCACCAAUGGGGAGCUUCUGGCUCAGUACAUGGCGGAGGCGGCCAGUGAGCUGGGGCCCACCACUCCCUAUGGGAAGACACUAAUCAAGGUGGCAGAAGCUGAAAAGCGCCUGGGAGCUGCUGAGAGGGAUUUUAUCCACACGGCCUCCAUCAACUUCCUCACGCCUCUGCGCAACUUCCUGGAAGGGGACUGGAAGACCAUUUCGAAGGAGAGACGUCUCCUGCAAAACCGGCGUCUAGACUUGGAUGCCUGCAAAGCGCGGCUGAAGAAGGCCAAGGCUGCAGAGGCCAAAGCCACGUGUGAGGGAGAUACGGUGCCUGACUUUCAGGAGACUAGACCGCGUAAUUACAUUCUCUCGGCCAGCGCCUCCGCGACUCUGGAUGACACUUCCUGCCCCCCUUCUUGGGCCGAGUGGAAGGAGGAAUAUCCCGGAGGGUGGAGACCGCCCUGUUUUUUUCUUUUGCCAUUGAACCCCAGUGUGACUCGGGCACGAGGCUGCCUUUCUCUGCCGAAGGACAGAAAGCUCUGGAAUGAUGAGGUGGACAAGGCCGAGCAGGAGCUCCGAGUGGCCCAGACGGAGUUUGACCGGCAGGCUGAGGUGACCCGACUCCUGCUGGAGGGAAUCAGCAGCACUCACGUGAACCAUCUUCGCUGCCUCCAUGAGUUCGUGGAGUCCCAGACAACUUACUACGCACAGUGCUACCGCCACAUGCUGGACUUACAGAAGCAGCUGGGCAGCUCCCAGGGAGCCAUAUUCCCAGGCACCUUCGUGGGCACCACGGAGCCCGCCUCCCCGCCCCUCAGCAGCACCUCGCCCACCACCGCUGCAGCCACUAUGCCCGUGGGCUCCUCUGUGGCUGGCCUGGCCCCUCCAGGAGAGGCCGCUCUCCGCCUAGAGGAGGUGGCCCCCCCCGCCAGCGGGACCCGGAAGGCCCGGGUCCUCUACGACUACGAGGCGGCCGACAGCAGCGAGCUGGCCCUGCUGGCUGAUGAGCUCAUCACCGUCUACAGCCUGCCCGGCAUGGACCCGGACUGGCUCGUUGGCGAGAGAGGCAACAAGAAGGGCAAGGUCCCGGUCACCUACUUGGAACUGCUCAGCUAAGCUGGCCCCCUCCAGGCCCCUGCCCACCCUGGCCUGGGCGGGAGAAGACAGGAGGCAGCCCUGCCAGUUGUUUGCUGGUGACUCAGCUGCUCAGGGUGGGGAGACUGGCCCCAUUCUGUCCGUGCCCCCAGUCGUCCAGCUGUGAGGGGGGGCCCCUCCCCCAGCCCUGCUUCUGGAGCCCCCCACCCCGCCUGCAUCCCCCAAGCACCCCAGCUCCCCAGCCCUCCUGGCUCGGGCUAAGGAGGGUGGAGGGACUGGCCACAAUGCUGCCCUAGGCACCCCAGCCCCUGCGGGAAGCCUGGGGUGUGCCCUUGGCCAGAGAGCACCUGCCUUUUGGUUGCCAAAAGCAGCAAGUUGGGGGGGGGGGCAGGCAGGUGUGCAGCAGGGCUGGGGCCCAGGUGGCAGAGGGGCGCCGGGCCGACUGGU